UAGAGGUUUGCAUCUUUUACUCAUCACCUCUAACUUCCUCUAUUUAUCAAGGUCCACCGACGGUCUCUGUAGCAGGCGACUAAUGUUUAUGAAUCGCUUCUGGCUUUUUACAUUUGCCUGUGCAAUCUUUAUCAUCGUGCACUCUGCACCGAACUGGGGGCCACUACCCAAUGAAUACUUCCAAGAAUUUUAUGACCAUUACAGUGAAAAUAUGCAAAAUCAUAUCGAACAUCUCAAGCAUGUACACGAGGCACACCAUGAAAAUCAAAACAGGGUGCAUGAAGAAUUCCAAGAGAACUUCUAUGACGUCAAUGAGAGACAACAAGAAGGAUCAGAAAGUGACCAGGAGGCGUAUGAACGAUCACAGGAGGACCUGAGAUUUGCAAACAGCGACAAGAGAAGUAUACUGCACGGACGAGUCAAUCCACGAAUCGGCGAGAGAGAGGCUAAGACCUUCCUUCGACGAAGAAGCGUCUUACAAUAAACAAGCAACCAAACAAAGAAGCUACAUGAGAGACUCAUACAGCCCACUCAAGGCCUCCAUUCCCUGUGAAUAGGUUUGGCCAGGUUUUUUCUACGUGACCUUUUUUUAAAAACCUAACGACAAGAGAUAAUGUAUAUAUUUAGCCAAGCCUUAAAGCGUUGGUCCAGCUGGUUAAUUUCAUUGCUCGAUAACAUCAUGACGCUGAAGCUGAAGCUACACACCCGUCUGAAGCGAAAAUGCCCAGGUUUACACAGCCUCAACUCUGGUUUAAAGAACAAGGUUAAAAGUUUGAAUUCUGGGAGUCAUAUAUCACAAUCACCAAUGCAUCGUGGCUGAAACAGGUCAAUUAAUGCCAUUACAUCUCCCAUACAUUCAUGCUUAUAGGAAAUCAUUCUUUGUCACUGAGUGCCAUUUGUUGUAAUUCUGCCAAACAUAAAA